CAUAGCCACACGCACUCGCAGCAGAAGCAUCUAGCGAAAGCAACAACAACAAAAUAGAGAGCGAAGAAUACUAGUAGGAGAGACAGCGGCGGCGAAAAAAAUUACUCAUGUGCCAGAGUGGCAGAACAAAAACAAAAUAAAACAAUUAUUAAAAAUAAAAAUAAUAAUAAAGCAUUUGCCAAAAAAAAAAAAAAAGAAAGGAAGAUCUGCUCUUUUGCGCCGCACUGGCAUUGUUAUUAGUUCAGCAACGAUGUCCGAAGAUGCCAAGAGUCCUGGACCACGCACACGGAACAUCAUUGAGAACCAAUUGUUCCGGCGGCAGCGCAGUCUGAAAUUGGAGGCACUGCAGCGCCAAAAGACCUUGGACUCGGGCGAUUCCGGUGAAGGUGAUGGUCCUGAUUCUCAGCCCUUUGAGAAGACCCACAUUGUCAUUAUUUUUACGGAGAAAGCCAAGCUGCGACACUGCCAGGAUGUGGAAAAGAUAAUCCAAGAGUUUGGGAUUCAAACUACUCUGGAAAUUGUUGGGACUACUGAAAAGUAUCUAUAUCUUUCGGCCAGCAUUGAUACAUUACUUCGUCUGGCCGAUGCCGCCGAACUGGAAAAGAUGACCACCACGGGCAGUAUGCAAAAGUUCAACAACGGUUGCAUCUCCGACUUUCUACUGCCCGGCAUGAACAAGGAGCAGAUACUACGCUACUGCGAGAUUCCGGUACUGAUCAAGGAUGCCAUACAGGAUGGGAUUAAGUCGUAUGUCCAAAAGGGUUACAUUGAAGAUAUGUUUCCCCUCCACGAUAUUCUCUAUCUGGACCGUUUUAAUCUGAAUCUCAAGCGUACUCAUCUGCCCAUCGAGGAUAUUCGCAACUACUUCGGUUCUAGCAUCGGCCUGUACUUUGGUUUCAUUGAAUUCUACACAAAAGCCCUCAUAUUUCCGGCUGUUUUUGGAAUACUUCAAUGCGUUCUCGACUUGAAUCUCUCGCUGGUCUGCAGCUUCUAUGUGAUCUGGACGACGAUAUUUUUGGAGCUGUGGAAACGAAAGUGUGCUGGAUACUCCUACCGCUGGGGCACCAUCGAAAUGAGCAGCCUGGACAAGCCACGGUCGGCAUAUACGGGUAAACUACGCCCAGAUCCGAUUACCGGACGCAUGACCCUGCAGUAUCCGAUGCGGUAUACGUACCUCCAAAUGUAUUGCAUCUCGUAUCCGGUGGUUUUCGGAUGCGUUGUGGCUGCUGGAUGGUUCGCUCUCUACCAAUUCCAAAUCGAGGCGGAGGUUCUGGCCGAUUUCGGUGCCGAUUCGUGGCUGUUGUACGUUCCGGUUAUUGUUCAGUCCGUACUGAUUGCCAUAUUCUCGUGGGCCUACGAGAAGUUGGCCACAUUCCUGACCAAUCUGGAGAAUCAUCGCACCAGGUCGCAGUACGACCGGCAUCGCGUCAACAAGCUGAUGCUCUUCGAGAUCGUCAACAAUUUCUUUUCGCAAUUCUACAUAGCCUUCGUCCUGCAGGAUCUGCGACAAUUGAAAUACCAGCUUAUGAUGCAGUUGCUCGUCUUCCAAAUCGUUUGCAUUGCCCAGGAGAUUGGGAUACCGUUGCUGGCGGUCCUCCGCCAGAAGUACGCCGAAUUCCGGCAUCGUGAAGUCGCCGAAGAGAAGCUGCGAUCGAUCAGCGAUGUGGCGCGCUACGAACAGUCCUUUUUCGAGUCCGGCCUCGAUGCCUACCAUUCCACGUACGAGGAUUAUCUGCAGGUGUGCAUCCAGUUUGGCUACGUUGUCCUCUUUGCCGCCGUGGCACCGUUUGCCGCCAUCGGUGCGCUGCUGAACAAUGUCUUUGCGGUGCACAUCGAUAUGUUCAAGUUGUGCAACAUUUUCAAGCGGCCCUUUGCCCGGCGGGCCAAGAACAUUGGAGCCUGGCAGCUGGCCUUUGAGCUCCUGUCGGUGAUGUCCUUGCUCAGUAAUUGCGGCCUGUUAUUCCUACAACCGAAUGUCAAGGACUUCUUCACCCACUGGUUGCCCUCGGUGCCGGAACUCUCUUUCGUGAUUUUUGAGCAUCUGCUGCUGGGCCUGAAGUUUCUCAUCCAUAAGGUGAUCCAUGAGCGUCCGCGCUGGGUGCGGAUUGGCCUUCUAAAGGCGGACUACGAAACCAGUCAGGCCCUCAAACAACUCAAGAAAUUCAAGGCGGAGGCCAAUAAGCAGGCCUAGGAAGGUCUCCAACAGGAUCGUAGGCUAACAGGAUCUCCCACAUCCUUUUUGUUUUGGUGCUAAAACAUAACCAGUCCAUUUUUAUCAAAAGGAUAUUAUUUUUGUGUGUGUAUUGUAAGAGCUUUUUCCACCGAAAGGGUGCCUUAAACUGAUUUAUCUUAUAACUAAUAUAAAUAUCUGUGAAAAAAAUUA